UUAAUCGUGCCCACCCAGCGCGCCGUGAGUGUUGUUGUUGGAGGCAAAAUGGCGGCGGCGGUGUCUGGGGCCGCCCUGUUGGGCAAGGGGCUGGACAUCAGCCUGGCGGCGCUGCAGCGGCACGACCCCUACAUCAGCAGCAUCGUGGACGUGGCCAGCCAGGUGGCGCUCUACACCUUCGGGCACCGCGCCAACGAGUGGGAGAAAACUGAUGUGGAAGGAACACUCUUUGUUUACACAAGAUCAGCUUCUCCCAGGCAUGGCUUCACCAUUAUGAACAGGCUGAGCAUGGAAAAUCGAACAGAACCCAUCACUAAAGACCUAGAUUUCCAGCUGCAGGACCCUUUUCUGCUUUACAGAAAUGCCAGAUUGUCCAUUUAUGGAAUUUGGUUUUAUGAUAAGGAAGAAUGCCAAAGAAUUGCAGAGCUCAUGAAAAAUCUAACUCAGCAGGAGCAAUUCAAAGCACGGCAGGUGGCUGGAGCAGGAGCCUCUCCAAUGAUCCAGAGCUCUGGUGAUAGCAAGGAAGUGGAUAUCUUACGUAUGCUUACCAAGGCCAAAGAUGAAUAUACCAAGUGUAAGACCUGUUCAGAGCCAAAACAAAUGACCAGUUCCUCUGCUAUCUAUGACAACCCCAACCUGAUCAAACCAAUACCAGUGAAGCCCAUUGAAACUCAGCACCAACAAAUACCUCAGCAAGGCAAGAACAUGGACUCCGAACGACAACACUUAUCUUUGACAGCACUAUUUGGAAAACAAGAAAAUCCUACCAUAUACCAAGAUGUCCCAGAACAGUCACAGAAAAAGCACCAACUUAAUCUUUCUGUCAGGCAGAGUGUGGUGCGUUCGCUGUCCUAUGAGGAACCUGGCAGACAUUCACCCUCAGCAGAGAAGCAGCUUUGCCCAGCUAUUCAAAAACUUAUGGUGCGUGGGACAGACCUUCAUCCACUGUCUGAGCUUCCUGAGAAUCGACUGUGUGAAAAUGGCAAUGUACGCUCCGUAGGGGAGGUUUUCACUGGACUCUUCCAACCUGUGACUUCUCAUGGUAUUGUAACAUCUCAUCCAGCCCAGGACACAACUGGCACUCAAAGCUUGUUACAGAAACUUCAGGGACAGUCAGGAUCAGUGACCAAAAUGGACCCAAGUGCAACAGGUACUGUAAGUUCAACAGCUUCAAUCUUCAGCAGGACUUCUGCUACAGCAUCAGCAGCACCGAUAAAUAACAUGACCCAGCCACAUCUGGUAUAUUUCAAUGGCUCUCUUCCAACCCAGACUUUAGGACCUCAGACUGCUGGUAAAGAACAGUCCAAACUUCCUAGACAGCCACUUUCCCUCUCUGGCAACCAAUCAACCAGUUCUGGAGUGAUUUCACCUCAAGAGUUAUUGAAAAAACUCCAGAUAGUGCAACAGGAGCAGCAGUUACAUGUGUCCAGCAGACCUACCUUGGCAGCUAAGUUUCCUGUAGUUACUCAGAACACCAACACUCUAAAACCCUUGGACGCCUGGAUAGAUAAGACAUCAGGUGCACAAAAGCAGAGCCCUCUCUUUCAGGUCAUCUCACCUGAGCGCAUUCCUGCUACUGUGACUCCUGCAUUGCUGAUGUCCCCCAUGCUGUUCACACAGUCCACACCUGCUCCACCAAAGGCAAGUGAAAGUGGGUGCUUACCACCAGCAAAUCAAGAAUCUGCUUCCAGUUCAGCUAGCCUUCUCCUUCCUAUGCAGAAUCCAGAGCCAUCUGUCAUAAACAGCAACUCAUUGACCAAGAUGCAGCUUCAGGAAACACUUUUACACCUGAUCCAGAAUGAUGACAACUUCUUAAACAUUAUCUAUGAAGCUUAUCUCUUCAGUGUGAGAAAGGCAGCAAUCAAAAAGUCUAUGUAAAAGAGAAUUUUAAAAUUAAAUUUCUGUGACUUCCUGAACUCCAGGAAGAAAAAGUCUCUCAUGCCAAGUGGUGUUACAUUGUUUAAAAGCUUCUGCCUUUUAAAAACAAUAAAAUGAAAUAAAUAGUCCUAGA